AUGUUGAAUCUAUACAUUGUUGUGUUCUUACUUUCGAUAGCUAAUGUAUCAUCAUCAAGUGAUUUACCUCGAAUAUCAUGUUAUCGAAUAUCAGGUGUUCCAACACGAAACAAUGAUAUCGAAGGAGAAACUUACAAAAGUUCAUUACGAUUUAUAGGUAAAACAAGUCCAGUAACAGAAAUAUUAAUUAAUCAAGCUAAUUUUUAUUGGAUUGGUUUAAUUUCAAUUGGUACACCAAGAAAAACAUUUCGUAUUGAUUUUGAUACAGGUUCUACAGAUUUAUGGGUACCAUCCAUUCAAUGUCAUUCUAGUUGUGAAAAUAAAGCAAAAUAUGAUUCAGAUAAAUCCAAUACAUCUCGAGCUAAUGGAGCUACAUUUGGAGUUGUAUAUGGAGAUGGUUCAUUUGCUAAUGGUGUUUUCGUUAAUGAUACUGUAACAAUAGGAAAUCUAUCGAUAUCAAAUCAAGCAUUUGCUCAAGCAAAGAAUAUUUCAGGUUUUAGUACAUCAACAUUUGAUGGAGUUUUUGGUCUUGCUUAUUCAUCACUUGGCACAUCUGGUCAAACAUCGAUUUUCUAUAAUAUGUGGCAGCAAGGUCUUAUAACCAAUCCAAUUUUUUCAUUUUAUUUUAAUCCUGAUCCCGAUGCUUAUCCCGGUGGUGAACUCAUCUUUGGUGACGUAGAUCCAACUAAAUAUUCAGGUUCAAUCACUUAUGUUAAUGUGAUUAUACAUGCCUAUUGGGAAUUUAUGAUGAACAAUAUACAAGUAAAUAAUACAAUAAUAUGUUCAAAUUGUCGUGCUAUCUUAGAUACAGGUACAACAUUAAUUAUUGGACCGAAAAUUCAAAUAGCAUUACUUCAUCUUACUAUUGGUGCAAUAUUUGAUGAAGAAACUGGAUUAUAUAUGGUUGAUUGUUACACUCGUUUACUCUCUUCGUUUCCCGAUGUGAAUUUUUCAAUUGGUAAUUCAACAUUUACAUUAUCAGUAUUACAAUAUUUAUUGAUUUUCAAUGACGAUGAUAAAUAUGUAUGUUAUACAGUUUUUCAAGGUGUUAAUUUACAUGAUAACACUGGAGCUUUAAUAUGGAUUCUUGGUGAUUAUUUUCUUAAUCGUUUUUAUUCAAUUUAUGAUCUUAAUUUAAAUCGAAUUGGUCUUGCUAAAUCAGUAUCUUAUGAUUAUUUUCAAAUAUCUCCAAUAUCAUUAUUUACAUAUUCAAAUAAAACUAUACAAUUUUCUUUCAAUUACAUAUUUAUUUGGUUAUUAUUCGUAUGUAAUAUACUUUUAAAAUAA